AUGGUCGUGAUCUGCUACCUGACACUACUCUUCGAUAUGGACGACUUCAUGGACCGCAUCAUGGUGUCCCUGACGUCCCUGCUCGUGCUGGCGUCCCUCUUCUCCCAGACGAGCCAGUCCAUCCCGAAGACAGCCUACCUCAAGCUCAUCGACGUCUGGUACAUCUGCGUCAUCACGGUCGACUUCCUCAUCAUCGUCGUCCUCGUCUUCAUCGAGAACCUCCGACUUCGCUUCGGUUCCCCUUCUUCGUCCUCGUCUCAGGGAGGUUUUGGCAACUCGAAGCUCUUCCAGGUGUCGCCGUUCCUCAAGGGCGGGGAAGGAGAGGAGGGGAAGAAGUCCUUCUCGGGGGCGAGUCGCGGGAAGAUGGACCUGCCUCACUAUGUGGUCAAUAGGGCGUCCCUCGUCAUCUUCCCCGCCGGCUGUAUUUUCUUCUGCGUCGUCUUCUUCAUGAUUGGAUUCAUUACCUUCGCCCUGGAGUGA